AAAAAAAAUCAAUUUUUACUUGUUUUUCCUGUUAAUCGCCAACAGUUUUUUGAAAAAUCUGACGAUAUGGAAGUUAUUUUUUUGUCACUUUCAUUCCAAUGAUUGUCAUUGAAUCUCAAUUUACACAGAUAUCGACGAAUGUGCUUCCGGUCCGUGUAUGGCUAAUGAAGAUUGUACUGAUGGAGUAAACAUGUAUACUUGUGCCUGCUCUCCAGGUUAUGCUGGGACUCCGUGCGAAGAUAUCGACGAAUGUGCUUCCGGUCCGUGUAUGGCUAAUGAAGAUUGUACUGAUGGAAUGAACAUGUAUACUUGUGCCUGCUCUGCUGGUUAUGCUGGGACUCCGUGCGAAGAUAUCGACGAAUGUGCUUCCGGUCCGUGUAUGGCUGAAGAAAAUCGAGCAAAAUCCAAAUAUAUAUUGCAUUUUGCUCAUUGA